CAAUCUGUCAAUUUUUUUCGGGUAAAAAGAUGGAAAAGGAUGAUAACCCAGAUACAUUCUGCACAAAAUUUACACAACCUACCUUCACCCAAGAAAUUAAAGUUUGAAUGAAUCGACCGGAAGCAAAUGCAUCUGUUUCAAGGCACAGUAGUGAUUCUUGGUUCGUUCCGUGUCCGAAUAAUAGGAGCCAUGGAGAGCCCAAUGUGCAUCCGUGAUCCAUUAGGACAUGGCUCGGUUGUUUCCGAAAUUUCAUUCAGUUAAUCAUUCAUUUUACUGUGGAUGGCGAGGCUGACGAAGGAUUCCAUAUUAUAAUAACAUCGUUCAUAUUCCAACAAACCGGGUUCGAUAGACAGUCAAUGUUCGAUGGAAAUAUAAAAAUGGCGCCCGAAUGUGCCUAACCAUGAAUCCCUUAGUUUUCGCACUCACCAUGUCAGUUUCAGCAAGAGAUCAAUUUACACAUGCUCCGUUGACCCUACAAUCGAGACCCAUGGCUAUUUCAUCCAUCAUGUCCCCCAGUGCCUCAGCAUCGACCGGGUCCGCUAUCCGAGACCGUUACAUCCCAUCACCAGGAUCGGUGUCCUCGGCAUUUUCGGCUACCUCGGUCACACAAACCUCCACUUCUCCUCAAUACUCUCCUUACGAAUCCUCUUCUACCGAUUCCUCCGGUCCCAACUCUCCCGACCGUCAACUAUCGACGUCCUUACGGCACAGCAGUAAGACGGCCCAGAACUACGGUCGCCGUCCAUCGUACGACGUGGUGUCGUCCGAUCACUCGUCGAAUUCGCCACCUUCUCAAUCUCUUUUAUCGCUACAAGAACGACGACAACGAAAUAAAACGGCUUCGGCAAAGUACCGUGCCAAGAAGAAUCAGCAGCAUGGUGAAAUGCGCUCCAUGAUCGCCACUCUCACGAAAGAAAACGAAUUAUUGGUACGUCAGCUGGAUCAUGCUCGAUUGGAAAACAGUCGUCUCAAGGCGGUGACGGACAAACUCCGAGGCAAGAUGAUGGCAGAAAAAAUGCUGAAACGUCUACUGAGCAAGGAAUCAGGUAAACUAUCCACCACUGCACCUGUUGGUUCCGACGACCCUCCUGUAAAAUCAUGUUUUGUCCAUUAUCAUGCACAAAAAGCGGUCGAAACCCUGAGAGGAAUGUCUGAUGAGGAAGAAGACGAUGAAGAUGAAGACGAAAAGGCCCACAAAGAUGAGCUGAAUUCCGAGCAAGACGAAGAUAUGGAAUAAUCUAUUUCGAUGCGCAAGGUCGCAUGCCCACCGCUUGCUUUGGCUUCUUGUUUGUUCUUUUUUAAACUUUCCAAGUUGUAAUAUAUGCUCUAGUCUUUCUUUUCUUUAUAUUGUAGUUUCUUUUUCCUGGUCGAACCGAGGUAGUGAAGAAAACAAGAAGAAACACGGAAGUAGUCCCCCCCCCCCACAGCUUCUCCUUGAUCGCCGGUUUUUAUAUAUGCUUUUAAACUUCUCCUGCAUUUUGCAGCGUCA